AUGGGCCAGUAUACGGAAACAGAAGUCAAUCAAGCUCUCAAUGCAGUUGCAAGUGGGCAGAGUGUCCGAAAGGCAGCUCAUGAUGCUGGAAUUCCACCAUCAACCCUCCAGUCUCGAUUAAAGGGUUCACAGGCAAGAAAUGUAGCUUUCUCUAGCUUCCAGAAGCUAUCUCCAGCACAGGAAAGUCACUUAGCUGAAUGGGUGCGUAUCCAGGCGGCGUUAGGGCUGCCGCCAACACAUCAACAACUCAAGGAAUUUGCCCAGCGAAUCCUAGACAUCAGAGGCACUACCCAGCCACUUGGGAGAAACUGGAUUCAGUUCUUUAUUAAGAGAAAUCCAUCAAUCAAGGUUCAUAGAGCUAGAGCCAUCGAUUCUAAGCGUGUCAAUGGGGCCUCAACUAAUGUAAUCAGGCAAUGGUUUCAACAACUCGCCCUUCCAGAGAUCAAGGCGAUCAAACCACAUCAUCGCUAUAACAUGGAUGAAACUGGUAUCCUAGAAGGCAGAGGAUCAAAUGGCUUAGUACUGGGAUCAUCAGAAAGCUCAUCAAUGCGAAAAAAACAGCCUGGGUCUCGGGCUUGGACAACUAUGCUUGAGUGUGUCUCUGCAACUGGUCAGGCGCUUCCUCCACUUGUUAUUUAUCGAGGGAAAUCGGUUCAACAACAAUGGUUUCCUCUUGAUAUCCAUAAACGUGAUAUUUACAGUGGUUGGAAGUUCACAGCAACUGAGAAUGGCUGGACUUCAGACUCUACAGCUGUGGAAUGGCUUGAGAACAUCUUUAUCCCUCUGACUAAGCCUGAUCAUCCCUCUGAGCAGAGACUAUUGAUCCUAGACGGUCAUGGCAGUCAUGAAACAACAGAAUUUAUGUAUCUCUGUUAUAAACACAAGAUAUAUCUCCUUUUCCUACCGCCACAUACAUCCCACGUUCUCCAACCUCUAGACCAAGCAGUCUUUGGGCCUCUCAAGGCGACCUAUCGAAAAGAGCUUGGAUACCUCAUUCAACACAACGAUUCUACAGUUGUAGGCAAACGGAACUUUCUUACCUGCUAUGGAAAAGCACGCCAGAUGGCAUUUUCAAGCAAGAAUAUCAGAAGCGGCUGGAAAGCAACAGGACUAUGGCCCAUUUCGAUAGCUCGACCGCUCAUGAGCCCUCUACUGCUUGAGAAUGCUUCCAAGCCCUCAAUGUUACGACCCGUUAGAUACACCUAA